AUGAGUAGAAGAAGAGGUGCUUCUAAUGUAAGAGGUCCCAAUUCCGCUUUGACUGAGUUCUUAAGGGUUGAAGGGAUUACUGAAAACUUCAGAAGAAGAAGAGAGAGAGAAACUGAACAACAAAUAGCUGAUUUAACUCAAGAUUCUUCUGAUGAUGUUAAUGAAUCUUCAACUACUGCUGAUAACACUGAAGUUGAAGCUAGUACUUCAGGAUCUAGAUCAACUAUAAGAGAUAUUGAAGAAGAUGAAGAUGUUCAACAGAUUAGGUUGGCCGCCAGACGUAAAAGAAGGGCUGCUGGUGAACAAAUCAGUGAUGAUGAAGAUGACGGCAAUAACGUCGGAGACAGUGAUGAUGAAGAUUAUGUUGUUGGAAAUGAAUAUAAAAUCGAAGGAGAAGAAGAUACUUGUAUAGAAUGUCAUCAACCAUUCAAAUUGUCGGUGUAUUCCCGUUAUGAUAAGUUACGUAAAGGGUAUUUAUGUGAAGAUUGUAAUGAACUUAUUAAGGCAGAAGAACGUAAGAAACGUAAGAAUCAAAUGAGUGCCAAAAGGAGACGUAAAAGGGUAGCCCAGGCGUUAUUGGAUAAAUCUUUUGUUAAGAUUCCUUCAUUACAAGAUGUUUGUAUAAAGGUGAUCACUUCCAAUAUUGACCAAGUUGAAACUUUAGGUGAUAUAGGAACAUCAAAUUUAAAUGAAAUUUCUAAGAUUUUAUCGAAGAACAGAUCAUUGGAUAACUCAACUAUGGCGUUAUUCUUGAAUCCUAACAUGACAAAGAUUGAAUUCUGGGAUUGUUCCAAUGUUGAUAGUGAUUCAUUCAAUAAGAUUGCUUCUUUUUGUCCAAAUUUGACUAGUUUGACAUUAUUUAUGUGUGGACAGUUCCAUAAUGAUAAUCUUGUAUAUUUCAGUGACAAAUUGAAUUUGAAUGAAUUGAAUUUGAAUGGUCCGUUCUUAAUAAGUGAUGUUAUGUGGCAAGAAUUCUUCGAAAAUGGUGGUAAAAACCUUGAAAAUUUCGAAAUAAGGAACACUCAUAGAUUCGGUAAUGAUUCUUUGAUUAGUUUACUUGAAAAUUGUGGAUCUAGUUUGAAAUCUUUGAAACUUUCACGUUUAGAUGGUAUUGAUUCCGCUGCCAUGUAUGAACUUAUACCUCAUUACCUUACACAGAAUUGUCUUGAAACUUUGGAGAUCAGUUAUCCCAAAUCAGAAGAACUCGUCACCAAUGAACUUAUUAUCAACGUUUUAUCCAUGUGUGAAGGUUCUUUAAGUAGCCUUAAUCUCGAUGGAUGUUCUGAUUUGACUGAUCUGUUCACUCAAGAAAUGGUCAAAUUCAAUCUCGAUAAAUUGACUUCAUUAUCAUUGAAAAAUCUUGAUCAAAUCAAAGAUUUCGAUUUCACUAACUUCAAGAACAACGGAUUAAUAUCGUUGAAUCUUUAUAAAUGUGUGGAAUUGUCUGAAGCUUCAGUGUACUCGAUCUUAAAACAUAGUUGUUCAACUCUCGUUGAGCUAUGCUUGAACUCUGUGCCAGUUUCAAAGAAUUUCUGGUGGCAGAUAUUCACUCCCAACAAUGAUGAGUUGAAAAAAAGGUACUUGAAGUCCGAUAGUGAUGAUGAAAGUGAAAAUGAUGAUGAAGAUGAUGAUGAAAGUCCAAAAGCUUUUUACGAUGAAUUGUCGUUCCCAAAUUUGACUUCUUUGGAUCUAGGGUUCGUCAGAUCAGUUGAUGAUCAGGUGCUUAACUUGAUCUCUAAGAAAUGUCCUAAAUUGAAGGUCUUAGAAGUUUUCGGGGAUAAUAGAUGUACAUUUGGAGCUAAGGUUAGAGAAGAUUUGAUCAUCAUUGGUAGACAAGGUGAUUUGAAUUGA